UGUUUAAUAUUUUUUACAUAUUUGUUUACCAAUAGUUAUGAUUUAUUUUGAAAAUAAAUCCACACGUUGAUAACAUAGAUGGUUGAUAAUCGAAAAGUCCUUCUUUUGACAGGAGAUCGCGGAGUUGCCAAGUGCCAAGUACGCAAAAGAAAAAAUCAGAAAAACAGAUGACAUGUCAAAGUCAAAGUAAUGUCAGACUUGUCAGAGUUUGUCAAAAAUCAGCACAAACGAAUGAAAAAUGAAUAUAAUUAAUUGUUAUUGGCAGAUAAUAAAAUUGAGUCAUAAUAAUAUUAAUUAUAAUUGAGAUAAAAUAAGUAAAUAAUAUUUUAGCAGUGCAUGAUAAAAUGUUUACUACAGCCACCCACCAUAGAAUGAUUUUGUGGGUCUCUGGGUUGUAUUGAUUUUUAUUUUACAGCGCACAAAGGAUAAGUAAACGAAUAACAUUUUAAAACAAUGAAGUUUGUCAAAUAGAACAAAAAUUGAAAAAUGGAACAAAUAAGUGAAACCAGUACAUCCUUUGAGAAUCUCUACCCAGCUUUAACACAAUGUUUCCUUAUAAUAAUAUGCGGUUAUUUUGCUGGACGAAUGAAUUGGAUAUCAGAAACAGAAGCCAAAGGAAUAAAUACUUUUAUAGGAACAUUUUCUUUACCUUCCCUUAUUUUUAUGUCUUUAGCUGAAAUAGAAUUGAAUCAAGUAAAUUGGAUAUUCCUUUUAUCCAUUUUGAUAGCAAAGAGCAUUGUAUUUUUUUCUGUGAUAAUUAUAACCCUAUUGGUUGGAAGGCCAUUAAAAUUAGGACGGGCUGGGAUUUUUGCUAUUUUUUGCACUCAGAGUAAUGAUUUUGCUAUUGGAUAUCCUAUAGUUGCUGCUUUGUAUAAAACAUCUCAUCCAGAGUAUGCAACAUAUCUUUAUCUGAUGGCACCCAUAAGUCUGGCAAUUUUGAACCCCAUAUCAUUCGUAUUGAUGGAAAUUGGGAAAAGAAAAAGGCGUAGAAGUAUGGAGCAAUUGUUAAUAGAUGAUGGGUCAAUAAACAGUACUAUAAGUAUGCACAAGGAGAGAUUUAAAGUGGCAAUAUCUGUGAUCAAGAGUAUUUUUUUUAAUCCUAUUAUAUUUAUGACUAUUUUGGGAAUAUUGGGAAAUAUUGUUUUUAAUCAUGCUGUACCUGUUUAUCUUGGAGGAACUUUAAAGAUUUUGGGGUCAGCCUUUUCUGCCAGUGCCCUAUUUUUACUAGGUUUAAGAAUGGUCGGGAAGGUUCAUAAAUUAACAGGUGCCACAUUGGUUGUACCAGGAAUUCUUAUAAUGGUUAAACUUUUAGUUUUGCCACUAGUUACUAGGGAGGUGAUAAGUGCUUUACAUGCGGGUCACAACGAAUCUGAGACUGUAGAUCUUAGUACAUACGGGUUUUUAUAUGGUACUUUUCCGUCGGCACCAACAGUUUUUGUUUUUUCAACGCAGUAUUCUAUAGAUGUAGAUUUGAUUGCUAGCGCCAUGGUAGUCUGCACUUUCGUUAGUGCUCCUUUGAUGUUUGUUUCUGCCAAAAUGAUCACAAUAACAAACUGCAGUCCCUCCGAAUAUAUCAAACAACUUGAUUCUUUUACAUUAGAUAUCAGUAUUUUAGGUCUUAUAGGUAGUUUAUGGGUGUUGUUAGUUUUUGUUCUCACCAAGAAAAUAUUGAGAAUACCACACAAGAUUACAGCGGCGUUAGUUAUUUCACAGCUUAUAGGUUGUUUAGGUGCCAUUCUAUGGAACACUUUACAUCAAAAAGAAGGUUGGACAGGUUAUAUUCAAUUUUCUCUCUUCAGUAUAGGAGUGUACAGUUCUAGACUGUGGACAAUGAUUUUGGCUGUUACAUUGCUGUUUUUGCAAUGCAGAAGUUUGUGCUUUGUCCUUAAGUUGCAGCCACUUUUUGUUGUAAUUGGAUGGGGGCUGCCCAUAAUUUUCUCAGUGUUACUGUUGGUUUUUGACACUAGUAGCGGAACUACUCCGUUUGAGAAAAGGAAUCCGAAUUUUGUAUAUGGUGCUUCGCAGGCAAUCAUCGCCAUUUCUUUGUUGGUGCUUUGUUUUAUAGUCACUGUUGGUUGCUUAAUCCUCCAUCAAAGAUACCACAGACACUUUACGCGUUACAUGGACCUGUCCAGAGAUAUUGCUUCUGACCAGGAACCCCAGUCUACACCAGAAGCCGAAACUACAGCAGACACGGCGGCAUUAAGUCCUAAUCCUAGCACGAGUUCCGAUAGUGGUGUAAGUAGCGUAAAGACUCCAAAAUGUUGCGGAUUACCUACUAUUGCUGAAGGGUGUUGUGAAGAAAAAGAGAGUCCAGUCGUCGAUAUCGAAGAUAUAUUGGGAGAUUUUGACAAGAAGGGCAGCGAUGGUAGCACAGAAAUUAAGGGAUAUUUGUCUGUCUUAAGCGAAGAUGGUUUAAGUCCUGGAAAUGAUGGUUUAUGCCCUACGAGAUAUGGCUGUGCAGGGCCUAGAAGAGAGAUGUGUCAAGGAGUAGUAAGGCAGUACCAACAACAGAUUGAUGAUGACCUCGAACUUAUCGAAGAAGAACCAGAAUCUCAUGAACCUCAAAUUUUAAGACAUACAGUUUUAUUGAUAUUACUCCUUUGUUCUAUGUUUGUGGGUCUGUCGCUUUCAAUUUGGACUUUAGUAAUGGAACAAAUGUCUGGUAUUUAUAUCGAGCUGUCUUUCCUUGACGCUACUCUGAAUUUUGGCCAAAGCAUAAUCGUUUUUGCCAUAUUCGGUUUAAACACCAAAGAAAUAGUGUUGCCGUUAUUGAAGUACUGGAGAAAAUUGUGGUACGGUGCUAAUACCUUGACUCUACCGUCUUGGCACGAGCUCAGUGCCGAAACGAAACAUAUCUGUGAUCAGUUUGUGACUCACCAUCUACAGAGUUGCCGGCUGGCAAUUGCAACAGAUAAAAGGUGGAGAAUUAAGAUCUAUAAAAACGUUUUUUCCGGCGAGAGAUUCGUAGAUUGGCUUAUAGAGGUCGGUCUUGCUAGAGAUAGAGUAGAAGCUGUUAACUAUGCUAGACAUCUAGUCGAAGGAAAGGUUUUGAGACAUAUAAAUGGCGUUUACCACUUUUAUGACAGGAAUUUGCUAUAUAAUUUUGUUUAAUAUUGUUUCAUUUAAAACAAUAGGCCAGUGUCUUGCAAUCGUAUAACGUUAUGAUACAAAAGUGAUAUUACACUGAUAUUUUUAAAAAAAUAUAUUUUUAAUCCAAUUUGUAGGUACAUCGUGCAUAAGGCGAUUCAGAAUUCUGAAGACAAACUCUUUUGAUUAAAUGAUCAAAAAUGAGGUAGUUGUAAAACGCUUGGUCAUUGAUUUAUAGAUCGUCAAAGAAAGGAUAGUUUUUCUUACAGAUUCAGUAAAAGGGAAUAUUGUUAAACGAAACUUUACCACCAUAAAUGAGCUUAAAAUGGAGAUAGAGUGUAUUAUUUUUCAAUAGAUUCUACCAUUGCCGUUCUCGUACAGUUAUUAGCUUACAUUUUUCCUCUAAACUUUUAACCAAAUGAUUUAUUGAAAAUAUAUUUUUUAAAUUUCUUGGUGUAAGAAAUGAAUCACAUUUGGACUAUGAAAGUGCCUAAUUUUCGAGCCAAAUUGUAGUUAAAUUGCAACGUGUAACUAUUUUAAUCUUUUAUUUUAUAGUCGAAGGAUAUUAGUUUUUUAUUUACAACUAAACAAAGAAUUCAAAAUUGUAUUGACAAUAUUAAGUCAGUUUCAUAGCAGGGUUAGUAAAAUUUUAGCUUGGGGUACUUACCAAUAAUUAUAUUAAUUAUUGUACUGAAUGUAAUCUAUUAAGUUUUUUCAUUGUAUUCUGAAUAAACCUGCAUAGUUAUUGCUAUUAACUAAACAUGUUUCAGCGUAUUUUUUACCAAGUCUGCUAAGCAGUAUAACAUUGGAUAGGUACCAUGUGCCAUUUCUGACAUAUGUUUUUAUGACAUACGAGUAAAAAAUCGCUGCACCAUACAAAUAAUUUAUUUAUAAUUACCAUAAUUAAAGGCAUUGUAUCAAAACGCUAUACAUGUUUUUGUUAGUUGACGCCGCCUAUUUGUUUAUAAAAAAAUGAAUAAGUUGUAAACAGAAUAGUGACUGCACUUUUCCCACACGUCAUUUGUUUAUUUACGCAAACUUACUAAAAUAUGACUAGUGUGUAUUUUAGAGCCACUUUACAGUUCGCAUUACAAGAAAAAUUGCCUCAAUUCGUAUUACACAUCUGCACACAUGCCCUUUCGAUCAGCUGUUGCAAUUGCAGAAACUAUGCAUGCACUGACAGUUUAUUGCAUCUUCAACUCUGAAGUGCGUUCCACAACCACAAAUUUUCGCUCAAAACGUUCAAAACCCUCCAGUGAAGUUAACCGAGUGAUUUAUGAAUCUCGUUCCGAAAACAUUGGUUGAUUUACUCUAG